UCCUCGACCGGGCGAUGAAAGUGGCUGCCAGUGCCGGUCAGGGCCAGGUUCGGAGAGGUAGUCCCUGAACUCUUCCCCUACGUUUCUUCUUGAUCUUCCCUGAAUCUUCCACAUCCGCGUAGCGAGAAGACGUCUCUGUCAUCAUGGGAGGCGGAGACCUGAAUUUGAAGAAAAGCUGGCACCCACAGACCCUUCGCAAUGUGGAGAAAGUGUGGAAGGCCGAGCAGAAGCAUGAGGCAGAGCGGAAGAAGAUUGAGGAACUGCAGCGGGAACUGCGAGAGGAGAGGGCCCGGGAAGAGAUGCAGCGCUAUGCCGAGGAUGUUGGGGCUGUCAAGAAAAAAGAAGAAAAGUUGGACUGGAUGUACCAGGGUCCUGGUGGGAUGGUGAAUCGUGAUGAGUACCUGCUGGGGCGCCCCAUUGACAAAUAUGUUUUUGAGAAGAUGGAGGAGAAGGAGGGGGGAUGUUCUUCUGAGACAGGACUCCUUCCUGGCUCUAUUUUUGCUCCGUCUGGUGCCAAUUCCCUGCUUGACAUGGCCAGCAAGAUCCGGGAGGACCCACUCUUCAUCAUCAGGAAGAAAGAGGAGGAGAAAAAAAGAGAGGUAUUGAACAAUCCUGUGAAAAUGAAGAAAAUCAAAGAAUUGUUGCAAAUGAGUUUGGAAAAAAAGGAGAAGAAGAAAAAGAAGGAGAAGAAAAAGAAGCACAAGAAACACAAACACAGAAGCUCGAGUAGUGAUCGCUCCAGCAUGGACGACGAGCCCAGCCGGGGGAGAUCUCAAAAGAAGAUGGCAAAUUCCUUUCCUGUUUUGUCUAAAGUCCCUGGAUAUGGCUUACAGGUCAGGGACUCUGACCGUAACCAGGGACAACAGGGUACUCUGAUGGCUGGGCAGAAGGGAGCGUAUGGAAUGAAGAACCGUUCCCGGUCUAGAAGCUCCUCGAACUCACCCCUUAGAAACACCGGCAGGAAGAGCAAUAGGGAAGCAGGGUCCCGGGACAAGAGGUCUCGAUCCCUAGGCAGAAGGUCACGGUCCCCAAGGCCCAGCAAACUGCACAACUCUAAGGCAAACAGGAGAGAGAGGGACCAGACUAAGACCCCAUCACCUAAAAAGGAGGUCUAUCAGAGGCGGCAUGCUUCUGGAUAUACCAGAAAACUCUCAGCAGAGGAACUGGAACGAAAACGGCAGGAGAUGAUGGAAAAUGCUAAGUGGAGGGAAGAGGAGAGGCUGAACAUCCUCAAAAGGCACGCUAGGGAGGACGAACGGGAACGGAGGCUGGAGAAGCUAGACUCCCGGGAUGGGAAGUUCAUCCACCGCAUGAAGCUAGAGAGUGCAUCUACUUCCUCCCUGGAGGAUCGGGUGAAACGGAAUAUCCACUCUCUACCGAGAACCUCAGUGGCUCUGGAGAAGAACUUUAUGAAAAGAUGAAAACCAUUCUUUUUCUUAUUGGUUUUCCUGAAUUUUUCAGGGAGGCUGCUAACCCCUUAAAAAUUCUCUUUAUAAGAGUUCAGUGA